GGGUACUUAAGCUCGCGGGAGGCCCUUGAGGGCAAACGCGUCGCGGUGGCGGUGUGUCAUUGCUGUGCGGGGCUGGGGGCCCCGUGGCCUCUGGUUGAUCUCCACACACUACAGAAGUCACAUGCCAUGAGAGGCCUCUCAUCACUUGGGAGGGAACAUAACAAUUAUGAAACCAAAUCAGAUAUCAAGGAGUCGGUUCCAAAGCAGGAAGUAUCAGAAGAAACAGAGAUACACUGAGCCACCUCCAGAGCACUCUGGAAUAAUGAUUCCCAAGAAUGCAAGAUUGGAGCACUCAAAAAUUGGGAAGACAGUUUGAAUAUUCCUCAGAGAGCUCCUUCCAGGGAGAUGCUGAGGACGAGGACUAGAAGUAUAAAGCCAGCAGAAUUCAAGGAUGUAAAAAUCUCCCUAGAGAAGGAAAGCCAGAAAGGUAAAGAAUUUGAUAACUUCUUUAAUCUAGGCUCAAAAAGUAUUUCACAUUCGAGAAUUCACAGGGAGAACAAGGGGCCAGUUUCAGAAGUCAAAAUACAAGUCACAACUUAUGAAAGGCUUCAGAGUGUAGCCCCUCUGGCAGCCAGGUUUAGAGAAGCCCUAGAGGGGAAAGGAAGUGCAAAGAGGCAUCAGGGAAGCCAGGCAGGACCCAGAGUGAGGAGAAGGAAGAGAGUUUCCAGAGGUGUUGCCUUCAGAGACAGCAGUGCCCUUGACGAGGAAAGAGGGCAACAAAACUACCCAGGAGAGAAACGCUUUAUCUGUAAAGAGUGUGGAAAAGCCUUUGGUCAGAGUGCAAACCUCAUCGUGCACCAAAGAAUCCACACAGGGGAGAAACCUUUCCUAUGUAAUGAAUGCGGAAAUGGCUUCAGACAGAGGUCACACCUCAUACGACAUCAGAGGAUCCACACUGGUGAGAAACCCUAUGAAUGCCAGGAAUGUGGGAAGACCUUCAGCCAGAGCUCAAAUCUCAUAGUUCAUCAGGGCAUCCACACUGGGGAGAAAUCUUCUGAAUGUAGUGAGUGGGAAAGCCUUCAGCCGGAGUUCAGGCCUCACUGUCCAUCAGAGGAUCCACAUGGGGGAGAAGCCAUUUGAGUGUAAUGAA